CCCACAUCUAGCUGUUCGGCAAGCUGAUGCCGCGUGUGACUGCGGAGUCUAUGAAGUCGCGUGCCCAUACGGAGUGCGACCGAAGCGUCCCACCUUCAAAUCCUUGACGAACUUGACCUCGUCGCAUCAGCUAAUCCGAAGUGGAAAUCACUCCGUUGCAAUGAUCCUCCAAUAUCGAAGCCUCCCAAAUGUACCUGGCUGCUUUGCUAUGUGAGUCCUCCAAUGCCCUGACUGUGUACAGCAGCAGACCUCACUCCUGACGCGAACCAUGGCUUCCAAACGGCCCAACUUCCUCAUCAUUGUCGCGGAUGACAUGGGAUUCUCGGACGCUGGCUGUUUCGGCUCCGAAAUUCGUACCCCAAGCCUUGACCGACUGGCAAAGGACGGAAUCCGCCUAACUGGGUUCCACGCUGCGGCAGCAUGUUCUCCUACAAGAGCGAUGAUAUUGACAGGAACAGACCAUCACAUUGCCGGGCUGGGGAAUCUGAUAGAAUGGACCGACUUCUCGGGGCAGAACUUUCCGAAAGGAAGCAAGUAUUCCACUGCUCCUCAAAGAGGAAUGCCUGGUUACGAGGGCUACUUGAACUCGCGCGUCGCUUCCCUACCGGAAAUAAUGAAAGACGGAGGAUAUCACACUGUUAUGGCUGGGAAGUGGCAUCUAGGUCUGACCAAAGAACGAAGUCCUCAUGCUCGUGGAUUCGAUCGCAGUUUGGCGCUUCUCCCAGCCUGCUCGAAUCACUACGACUGGCGACCUGACGUCGACUUCCCAAAGUUCUUGGAGAAGAGCGUCAUUGCCCUUCACAUGGAAGACGAUCACUAUGUCAAAGACCUACCCGAGGGCUGGUACUCGAGCAAUGGCUACGGCGACCGCAUGCUCCAGUAUCUGAAAGAAUGGAAGGAGGACAAGGAGCUCUCGCAAAAACCCUUCUUCGCUUACUACCCUUUCUCUGCGCCCCAUUGGCCUCUACAGGCGCCUAAGGAGUACAUCGAUCAUUAUCGAGGCACAUACAAGGACGGUCCUGAAGCACUGCGGCAAGCGCGUCUGAAGAAGUUGAUCGAGCUGGGCAUGAUACCCAAGAACGUCCGGCCUCAUCCCGUGGUUGCAGAUGAGGUCCAGGGCUGGGAUCAGAUGGACGACUACCACAGGAAAGCUUCAUGUACGGCAAUGGAGGCCUAUGCCGGUAUGGUGGAAUGUCUCGACCACAACAUCGGCCGUGUCACGGACUACUUGGAGUCAAUCGGCGAGCUAGAUAACACCUAUGUCAUGUUCUUCUCCGAUAAUGGAGCCGAAGGAGCAGCAUACGAAGCAUAUCCCAUGGUUGCAGGCGAGCUGAUGGCCCAUAUUGGCAAGUACUACAACAAUUCGCUUGACAACAUCGGUAACAAGGACAGCUUUGUGUGGUACGGUCCUCGAUGGGCUCAAGCAGCAACAGCACCGAGCAGACUGUACAAGGCAUACACAACUGAGGGUGGUGUUCGUGUACCUUGUGUGAUCCGAUACCCUCCAAUCCACAACGACCGCAAAGGUGAGAUUACCGAGACUUUCGCAACUGUGAUGGACAUUGCGCCCACAGUGUUGACCCUAGCGGGGAUCAAACAUCCAUCGCCCGAAUGGAAAGGUCGUCAAAUCGUCCCGAUGCGUGGCAAAGACAUGAUGCCUUGGCUCGAAGGGAAGCAACAACUCGUCCAUGACCCCUCCGAGGCCUUUGGUUGGGAGCUGUGUGGCCGCGCGGCGAUUCGAAAGGGUAAUUGGAAGGCCGACUUCAUCCCUUUCCCUAAGGGGACGUCAGCUUGGCAGUUGUAUGAUCUGUCCACAGACCCCGGUGAGACCGAGGAUCUAGCCACAAAGCAUCCUGAGAUCCUGCAAGAGCUGCUCGCCUUGUGGGAGACAUACUGCGAAGAAACUGGUGUGGUACCUCUUCAGCCAGAGCUUGGUGCUCGGUGGCACGAGGCUGUCGAGGCACAAAUGAAAGAAGGCGAGUGGAUCGAAUAUGAGUACUGGAAGCCAGGCGCCCUAGAGGAAGAUAGACGCAGCCAGCACGUUCGACAGAUUGCUCAGGUUGCGGAUCCCAGAAUGAAGGAGGCUACGGGAGGACAGCCUGUGAAUGUUGGCGUAGAAUGAAUACGACCAUAUAGAAGAAUAGAAUAUCACAAUCACAAUCCUUCAGCAGAGUCUGCAC